AUGCAUUCCACACUCACAACCCUCAUCCUUCUCUCCACGCCCAUUCACGCCGCAACCACAGCGCGCAUCUGGACACACUUUUACCCAUCCUGCCCAGGCGAGCCCUUCGCAGACCUCAGCACAUAUGAAAACUACGAAGAAACCGUCCCCACUACAAAAAUCUCAGCAGGCAUCUGCACACAAGUCGGCGUUCCAUCUUACGAGCACAACCUCGUCAGCGCCAUCUCAAUAGAUGCCGAGCUCCUCUCCAGCGUAAAAGGCCACAAUUUCCCACCAGAGGACGGCCCAAGCUGCAACAUCACCAUCCACGAAGUCCCAGAGUGCAUUGACGAGCCCCUCCUCAACAAGGAACUGCACAACGGAGUCGAAGUGAGCGAGUGUCAUGAGCGCAAUUUUGCUGCUUACAGCGAUGUUUGGGUUCAACUUGUUUGCGAAGGCGAACAAAACGAAAAUGAUCACCACAUGAUACAAGAACAGCAAGAGCAAACUGCUUCUGAGUCUUUGGCGGAUCAGCAGCAAGAUAUCCCCCGCAUCGGACAGACGACUUCUAUCCAGCAGUCAGGCGAUGUCCAGACGCCCGGCUCGAACGCCAACUCGUGGCACCUUGCGCAGACGGAGAGCUCUGAACGCGAGCCUGAGCAGGAGAGUCGUGUGAACAAUGUUGGUCAUGAGGAGAGUGAUGCGAUUGUGCACCGUAUCAUGGAGGAGUUGAAGAGUAAGGCGCAAGGAAUGAAUUUGGUUUCUGGCAAGACAAAUGCUACCCGGCAUUUGAAUGGAACCCUUCUUUCCAAUGGAACUGCGCCUGCCAACGGGACUAUUGUUUCGAGGCGGAAGUUGUCUAUUUUGCGGAAUCGGGCUACGCGUUUGUAUUAG